AUGGUACUUGCAGGUGCUGCAUUAAACAAAAAACAAUUUGCUUUGGAAGAUUCCCUGCCUGAAGAAGCUAUUAAGCUAUAUACUGAUGCUUGUACAAUACUUGAAGAGGAUGGAGGAGAACAAAUGGCAUUUGAUCUAUAUCGUGCUGCUACUAGUGUUUAUAUAAAACUUGAGAAAGCUGCUCACAUGCAGGCAUACCUUAGUGCAAUUAUUGUGUACCUUUAUGCUCAAGACUUUAAGCAAGCAGAGAAGUGUUAUAAUGACUGCUCUCAGAUUGAUGGUUUUCUCAGAAGUGAUCACGGUCGUUGUGCUAGCAAGCUUCUUUCUGCUUUCAAGGAUGGAGACAUUGAAGACAUCAAACGUAUAACUCAAUCCAGCACUAUUUCAAAUAUUGAUCAUGUGAUAAUUAGGCUUGCAAGAAAAUUGCCUAUGGGCGAUGUGAAUGCAAUGAAGGCUCACAGUGACACUACAAAAGAGGAAGAGGAACCAUUAGACGAAAAUGACCUUACUUGA